AUGCCAAUAGCGUUUGAUAAGCUGAAGGAGAAAAAGGCUGUGUUAAGAAACGAACUCGUUGAGUUGUGUGAUGCGGCUGCGACGACGACGUCUAUCGAAAACUACACGGAAGCAGUUUGUGGUGGACUCACCAAACCAAAUCCGCAAUCACGAGCUCAAACAGCACUUUUCGUGGCUCGUCUCCUUUCUCGGCAUGAUUCCUCUACCAUUCCUGCAAACGCAGUGAAAGAGAUCACUCCCGAUCUAGUUAAAUGUUCUUCCGAUGCCGAUGCGGAAGUGCGUGAAUCGACAUUUCGAGCAAUGGGCGCUGUCUUGCGAUGCGUUGGCGAACAGGCGGCGCGUAGGCUGUUCGGUGAAGUUUCGGAGGACAAGCUCAAGAUGGCCAAAAUCACUGAGAAUUUUGAAAAAAUCCGGGAGGAGUUUGGUGAUAAAGCUGCUCCAGAAAUCAUCCGACUUCAUGCCGCUGAAGCGAAACCAAAGCCUUCCCAGACAUCUGCUCCAAAAAGAGCGUCGUCUGCCUCACUUGAAACACGAAAAGUACCUCCUGCUUCACGGGCUCCUACUCGUCCUAUGAGUUCCGCUUCUCGACCAUCGGCCGGAGUUUCAAGAACGACUAAUCGAAUGGCAACACCGUCAACAGUGGCUCCGACCAAUCGGGUGGCAACAAAGCCAACAAUUGCUCCUAAGAGACCAAACGUAGUCACAUCAACCCCUUCCCGUCAAAACAAUCCUGUGCGUGUUCCGCUUAGUACUCGUCCUACUCAGUCAUCAACCCAAAGACCCUUUUCUGCAGGCACAAAACCGAUUGUAUCCCAUCCAGUUCCCUCUAGUCGAGCACCUGCUAGAACGGUGUUUGCACCAAAUGUUGUCCGUGCAGCGACAAUUACUAACAAGCCAGCUGCAGCUGCCCCUGUAAAAAUCAGUAGUAACUCAACGAAUGGUGCUGUGCCGACGAAGAGUUCUUCAGAAGGUGUGCAGAAGGUCACUACUGGACUGCCUCGCUCGAGCUCUGGUUCGGGUUUGCGACCUCCUACCGCGAUCAUACGCACAAAUGGUUCUGGUAUUCCACGACUUUCACGACCAUCUUCGCCAACUAAAUGA